CAACUCAUGCACAUACUUCCAACAGCCUCACUGAACCACAAAACCUGCUGCCGGACAAGACCAGCAGAUUCACUUGCAAAGGGAAACAGAUCCAUCACUUUGUCUGGAUCAGCACCUUUGCAGAAUACACUGUGGUGCCCGAGUACACCCUGGCCAAGAUAGAUGCUGCUGCACCUCUGGACAAAGUCUGCUUGCUUGCCUGUGGUUUUUCCACAGGCUAUGGGGCUGCCAUCAACACCGCCAAGGUAAAACCGGGCUCCACCUGUGCCGUCUUCGGCCUCGGAGGAGUUGGCCUCUCUGUUGUCAUG